UGUAUUGUGUAGGUUAUUAGUGUUCUGUGGUUUAGUUAAAUGUAUUUUAUAAAUGAAAAAGUCUUUUUUAAAAUGAAUUCGUGUCUAAAAUCGUGACAAUAAUGUUCGUGAACAACUUAUAUUUGGAUAUUCAACGUCUCUUCAAGUGUUAAGCUCAAGCAAUGGACGGUCAGAGGGCCAUGGAGCUCAUGCCCUUGUUGCAAGAGAGGCUUGUAGCUCUGACUGGAGGUCGUGAUCGGAGGGGUGGAGCUAUUUUAUCUUUUCCUGCAAAUUCCAGAAGAGAACGGGCUAAGCCAGAAGAUUACAGAAGACUUCUGCAGUACCUCAUGUCAUUGCCAAGUGAUGGAAUUCGGUCUGUAGGGUUUACAGUUCUAGUGGAUAUGAGAGGGUCCACAUGGACUACUGUGAAGCCUAUAUUGAAAGUACUGAAUGAGCAUUUCCCUACUGGGACAGUUCACCAGGCACUCAUUGUAAAACCUGACAAUUUUUGGCAAAAACAAAGGACAUCCAUUGGUUCACAUAAGUACAAAUUCGAGACAAAUAUGAUAAGUAUAGAAGCCUUGCCAAAAAUAAUAGAUAGCUCUCAAUUGACAUCUGAUCUUGAGGGUACUCUGAGCUAUGACCACUCUAGUUGGUUAGAAUCUAGGCUUGCCGUUGAAGAAUUUCUGUGGCAAGCUGCCGAUCUGUUGGAUAGACUGGACGAUUUACAGGAGGAUCUGACUAGAAAUGACUAUGCAGAUGAUGUCAGUGGAGCCAAGCAUAAGAUAGAUCUGCACAAUGAGAUGAAGAAGAAAAUCAUGAAAGCACCUAUUGAAGAUAUUGAUAUGUUAGGCCAGCGGCUGUUGCAAAAGUCCUACGGCCACGACACCGGCCAGGGAGGCGGCGGGGGCGACAGUGGCAAGGAAUCCGAUUCCCAGCUGGAGGGCGGCGAGGUGGUCGAUACCAGGACGCUGGUGCUGCAGAACGUCGACGCGGCGCACGCUUCGCAGCAGCACCUGCUGCAGCUUUGGCACCGCAAGAAACUCAAGCUCGACCAGUGCUUCCAGCUGAGGCUGUUCGAGCAGGAUUGCGACAAGAUGUUCGAAUGGAUCUGUCACAACCGCGACGUGUUCCUCCUCAGCUACGUCGAGAUCGGCCACACGUACCAGCUGGCCAAGCAGCUGCAAGAGGAGCACCAGCACUUCACCAUGAGCUCGAUGAACGUGUACGUCAACAUCAACCGCAUCCUCUCGGUCGCCUCUCGCCUGGUGGAGGGCGGGCAUUACGCCGCCUCGCACAUAAGGUCGGUGGCGGGCAGGUUGGACCGCUCCUGGAAGGAUUUUGCUUCGGGGUUGGACGAGAGAACAGCUGUUUUGGCGCUGUCUGUGAUUUUCCAUCAUAAGGCUGAACAGUACGUUGAGAAUGUGCCUUCCUGGAAGUCCACGCUAGAAAGCGGGAAUAUACCUUCUGAUAUAAUGAUGUUGGAGAAUUCGAUUCAUCAGCAUCAGAACCUGUACGAGUCGAUGUGUCAGGCCUAUACUGAGGUUCAUAGUACGAGUAAGAAACUUCUCUAUCAGUUAGACCACUUGGUUCAGGUCUGCAACCAACCUGGAAAAGAUAAAAAUCAUGGAGAGGGAGGGAAUUUCGAAAAUAAACCAAGCGGGAAUCCAGCGGCAGAUUACAGUGAGGGUGCCAGUCAUGUUUUAGCAGUUAUUCACCAAAUUUUGAACCAUCACAGGGUGUUGGAGCAAAAAUGGCAUGCCAAGAAAAUUAAACUACACCAACGAUUGGCUCUCAGGCUGUUUCAAGAAGAUGUCAAGCAGGUACUGGACUGGUUGUCUAAUCACGGUGAAGUGUUCAUCAGAAAAAAUACGGGAAUCGGCAGGAAUCUCCAGAAAGCGAGGGUGUACCAAAAGAGCCAUGAACAUUUCGAGAAUGUAGCGCAGAACACCUACACGAAUGCCGAUAAACUGCUCGCCGCUGCCGAGGAACUGGCGCACACCGGCGAAUGUGACCCGGACGAGAUUUACUCGGUGGCGCACGAAUUGGAGGCUCACGUGACGUCAUUCGCCGCUAGAGUCGAGCAAAGGAGGCGUCGGCUCGAUUUGGCUGUGCUGUUCUAUACACAUGAGAAGGAUUUGGCCAAUUGGGUGGACGAGUUGAGGCAGGAGUUGCAGUGUGAUGAAAGUGUGGCAGAAAGUCUGGAAGCGACUGAACGGUUAAUUGAACAAACUGUACAACAUCGUCAACAAGGUUUAGAUGUUUGUUCUUCAACAAUAGCUCAAGGGGAAGCUCUCCUCCAAGAAAUUAGAUCAAUCUCGGAGCUGGACUCGACCGGUUCGGUGUCGGCGGUCGAGGCGGCCCUGGAUCGGCUCGCUAAACAGCGCAACGACAUCGAGGAGCUGUGGUCGGCGCGCAAAAUGCGGCUGGACCUGUGCCUGCGGCUGCGGCUGUUCGAGCGGGACGCGCUGGAGGUGUCCUCGCAGCUGGAGAUGUGGUCGGAGGAGUUGCAGCACAGCGAGCUGACCAGGGACAUCGCCAAGGCCGAGCAGUUUUUGAGGUUACACAAUGAUAGUGUUGGACAAAUGCAGAAUACAAUUUAUCAGGUUUUGCAGCAAGGACAAGAGUUGGUGCAGGUCUUCGAGAAUUCUGGAAUAUGCGUGAUGGCUGAUGCGCAAUAUAAUGCUCAGACAAGGGUGCAAGUUUUGUUGGAAUUUCUGCACGACAGAGAGCUGGACCUCGAAGACCUGGCCGAAAUGAAGCGGCUGAAGCUCGAGCAGUGCAUCCAGCUCAGCCAGUUCCAGAACGACGCCAACCAGGUGAUCAGCUGGAUCAGAAACGGGGAGUCGAUGCUGAUGGCCAGCUUCACGAUCCCGAACAGCUUGUCCGAUGCCGAGGUGUUGAAGAAGGAGCACGAGCAGUUUCAGGUGGCCAUCGAAAAGACGCAUACGUCUGCGGUACAGGUUAAACAUCGUGCCGAUUCCCUCAUCAACGGUAACCACUACGACCCUCAGAGCAUCAAAGACAUUUCAGAGGAGGUCACCAAAAGAUGGCAGCAGUUAGUGACGUGCGCAGAAGAGCGUCACAAACUUGUGACGGCCAGUUUGAACUUCUACAAGACUGCCGAGCAAGUUUGUUCGGUUCUGGAUAGUCUGGAGAGGGAAUAUCGAAGGGACGAAGAUUGGUGUUCCACUGGUCAACCGAACGUGGACAAAGCAACAUCGAUCUCCCAGCUCAUCAACAAACACCAAGAACAAAAAGAGGCCUUCCUCAAGGCCUGCACGCUCGCCCGUCGCACCGCAGAAACUUUCCUCAAGUACACCACGCGCAGCUUGCAGUUCUACAACUACCCGAACACGGGCGGCAAUCACGAGGUGCGGGUGAAGGGCAUCUUGGAGAAACUGCUGAGCCAGGAGAACAUGGUGCUGGAGCACUGGACGCAGCGGAAGAAGCGGCUGGACCAGUGCCAGCAGUUUGUGCUGUUCGAGAGGUCCGCCAAGCAGGCUAUCGAGUGGAUACAUGAUACCGGUGAGUGUUAUCUGACAACGCAUGCAACGAAUCUCGGCAAUAACAUUGAAGAAACUGAAAGCCUACUUAGAGAACAUAACGAAUUCAAGGGUACUGCCAAAGAGACCAAAGAGCGGGUGAAACUUUUGAUCCAGUUGGCUGAUAGCCUUGUGGAAAAAGGUCACGCUCACGCCUGCUCUAUCAAGCAAUGGGUUGCCGCAGUUGACAACAGAUACAAGGAUUUCAGUUCUCGAAUGGAACAUUAUAGACAGCAACUGGAAGAAACUUUAGGCAUUCAAGAGGAAGUUAGUGAAAAGAAGGAGCAUUGUAUUGAUAGGAAUUCCGACCCAAAUUUGGAAGCUAAAUUGAAGGAGGUAGCUGCAAGAGAACUGAAAGAACUGAAUGAAGAGAAAAGAAGAUCUGCUAGGAGAAAAGAAUUCAUCAUGGCCGAACUGCUACAAACCGAACGCACCUACGUGAAGGACCUCGAGACCUGCAUCACCUGCUUCAUGAACGAGACUCGCUCUUCAGACUCCGUCCCCAACACCCUCCAAGGCAAAGAGGACAUCAUCUUCGGUAACAUGGACGAGAUCUACACCUUCCACAACUCGAUCUUCCUCAAGGAGUUGGAGAAGUACGAGACCAUGCCCGAGGACGUCGGCCAUUGCUUCGUCACAUGGGCGCAAAAGUUCGACAUGUAUGUGCACUACUGCAAGAACAAGCCAGAGAGUAACAGUUUGCUGGUGCAGUUCGGGGUGGGGUAUUACGAGGAGUUGCAGAAGAAACACAAGGUGGAGCAUCCGAUAGCCGCUUAUCUGAUCAAGCCCGUGCAGCGGAUAACGAAGUACCAGUUGCUGUUGAAGGACCUGCAGAGUUGUUGUCAGGAAGGGCAAGGAGAAAUUAAGGAUGGUUUGGAGGUGAUGCUCAAUGUUCCCAAAAAAGCCAAUGACGCCAUGCACUUGUCUCUUCUGGAAGGUUGCGAUAUUUCUGUAGACAAGCUCGGCGAGGUCGUUUUGCAAGACGCUUUUAGCGUUUGGGAUCCCAAGCAACUGAUCAGGAAAGGCAGAGACAGGCACAUAUUCCUGUUCGAGAUGUACCUUUUGUUCACCAAAGAAGUGAAAGAUUCUGCGGGGAAAGUCAAGUAUAUUUACAAAAAUAAACUGAUGACGUCGGAAUUGGGCGUGACCGAGCACAUGGAAGGCGACGAGUGCAAGUUCGCCGUGUGGACGGGGCGAGCGCCCAUCUCCGACUGCCGCAUCGUGGUGCGCGCCGCGUCGCUGGACGCCAAGCAGCUGUGGGUGAAGAAGCUGCGCGAGGUCAUCCAGGAGACGUACUUCAGCGGCGCGCUGCCCCUAUCGUUGCCCAAGAGCCCGGCCAAGGUGAAGGGGCACAGCCAAAGGUCGAGCAGAGAUAUGGAGGAAUGCAAUUCUCUUGAUGAAAGUGUCGAGAAUUUGGAUCGCAAUUCCCUAGCAUCAUUUGGUUCUGGAAAUACAACAGAUUCGGACAAGACCGGCGUCCUGGAAAUGACGUGGGUGAUGUCAGAUUUCACCGCCUCCGCCUCCUCCGAGCUCUCCGUUACCAAGGGCCAACAGGUGGAGGUGCUGGAGGUGUGCUCGGCGCGGCCCGACUACUGCCUGGUGCGCAUGCCGACGCGCGGCGCCGCCGAUCCGGACGCCGGCGGUCCUGCGGCGCCCGAGGGGCUGGUGCCGCUGGCGGUGCUCAAGCAGCCGCCGGCGGCCACUAGGGGUUCGCCGUCGAGGCGGCAGAACGCCGCGGGGGCGGCACCGGCCGUGGAGUACGAUGUCGAUACUUCCAUUUCCAACGAUAACGCAGUGAACACCUCGUCACCAGUAAAUAAAAGAAGAGGAUUCAGCGGGCGCAAAUGGCUACCACCUCCGUUACGGAAACUGUCUCAGGGCAAGGUAGAUAAGAGUCAGACGUCCGUCGCGACGCCCCCGCCGCUCAAGAAAACCGGCUCCGAUAAGAGGAUCAAGGUCCCCUCCGACAUGGGCAACAAGCCGUCGGUGUCCGAGGGCGAGGAGGACGACGACGAUCGACCGCCGGGCGGGGGCGGCGCCCUCAAGCCCGCCAAGUCGUUGGGCGCGGAGAUCUCGAACGGCGGCGGCGGUGUCGGGGUCGGGGGAGAAGAGGCGGACGAGGAGCUGGAGCUGCCGCCGCCGAUGAAGCCGAUCCAGGAGCCGAUCUUGGCUGCCCCGCCGCCCGUGCCGGCGCCCGCCUCGCUGCAGGGCGGGGCGGAGGCGGAGGAGGAUGCGGGCAAGAGGGUUUCUAAUCUAACACUAAAAUCUCUAGAGGGUGCGACUACUGCUGACUUGGCUGAGAUAGAGCAGAUAGUUAAGGAGAGAAUGGAACAACACUCCGAGAUCCAAGAGCGCCACAUCCUGUUGCGCGACGCCAGAUCGCACCGCGCCCAUGCCGACGGCGACACGUCCUCCUCCGCCUCUUCGCGCCCCGCCUCCGACGAGGCGGCGCUGGCUGCCCUCAGCGGCGACGAGGCCGACAAGCCGACCGAGCAGCCCGUCGACGCGGCGGGGAAACGCGAGGCGCUGCUGCGCAAGCGCGAGUACGUGCUGCGGGAGCUGAUCGACACGGAGGAGGCGUACGUCAGGGAUUUGUCGUUGAUAGUGGACGGUUACAUAAAGGCCAUCAGGGAUCCCGAUUGCGAGGUCCCGAUGCCAGAAGAUCUGCGAGAUGGGAAAGAUAAGCUGGUGUUCGGGAAUAUCGAGUAUAUCUAUGAUUGGCACAAAGACAUUUUCAUCAAAUCCCUGAAGCAAGCCGUCAAGAACCCGAUAGAGCUCGCCGCCCUCUUCAGACGCUACGAGCGCAAGCUCCAAAUGUACGUCAUCUACUGCAAAAACAAGCACGUGUCCGAGUACAUCGUCUCCGAAUACCUCGACACCUACUUCGAGGAGCUGCGCGUGCUGCUGGGCCACAAGCUGCAGCUGUGCGACCUGCUCAUCAAGCCGGUGCAGCGGAUCAUGAAGUACCAGCUCAUGUUGAAGGACAUCCUCAAGUAUACGGAGCGGGCGGGCAUCGAAGAGGAGAUCGAGCCGAUGCGGGCGGCUUACAAUAUCAUGGUGGUGGUGCCGAAGACCGCUAACGAUAUGAUGGACGUGGGUAGGCUGCAAGGGUUCGAGGGUAAAAUCACAGCCCAAGGCAAACUUCAGAUACAUGGAACGCUGAUAGUGUCCGAUCUGCCUGGUUCUAAUUGUGUUUGUAUAGGAAAAAAUAAGGAGUUACAAGUGUUCUUCUUCGAACAGAGCAUCAUAUUUUCUGAAAUCGUUGGAAAGAAGACACAGUUCACUAGUCCUGAAUAUAUUUAUAAGGCACAUAUACAAGUAAACAAAAUGUCUCUGGAAGAUGGCGGUGAAGACAGUUUCAUCUUGAAAUCGACAGAUCCUCUUCGAUCCCAGAUGGAGUUCGUAUGUCAAACUAGUAGCCGAGAGCUAUGCAGGCAAUGGCUGACCACCAUCAAGGAGACAUUGCAAAAACAGACGGAUUUCAUGAAGGCCAUACAAAGUCCGAUAGCCUAUCAGAAAGAGCUGACCAAAGAGGCUUCCAUGUCAGAUCUCUCAUGGGACAUAACGAAAACCCCAUCGUCAGAUUCCUCCAAACCGGAAAUCAGAAAAACUCACUAUAUCCACAAGGCGAACACCAUCGGCAUCCCUUCAGAGAAAGAACUAGACGAUUACAAAAAUAACAACCCCAAAUUAAGACUGAAUUUUUUCGAGGGGUUCAGGAAUACCUUGAGAAAUAAGCACAAGAGUGAUACAGCGGUUUUGGAGGCUGCCAAAGAAACCAAUCAGAGUGAUUCGCCCAGAAGGUGGUCAGAAGCUAAUCAACCAAUACCGGAGCAAAUUAUAAUGCCACCAGGUACCCAAGCAAGACUGAUAUGCGAAUGGCCUGACCUAACCCUUGGCGAAUUGGUCACUAUAUUGCGCUCUGAUCCCGUUCAAGGGUACUAUGUCAAAACCAGUACCAGCCUCCAAGAGUUGUGGGUGCCGAUACAUACCUUAACAGUAUAUAGCCGCAAACCGUGGUCUUUCAGAUUCAGGAAACCCAGAAAGAGUAUCGAUGACAACGGUAAUCAAGAUCAUGUGGCGCAUAUGGUACCACAGUUCAAGGAAAAACUGAAGGAUGUAAUGGUACAGAGCGGUACGAAAGUCCUGCUCGAAUGCAAAGUCAAAAUCAGCGGCAAAGUCACCAAACAAAUCUGGAAGAAACUAGAACCAAACCACUGUGUCCUGCAUAACGGAAAGUUCACCCAAGGCGACUCAGAAGAAGGCGUGGCAUCUCUGACGAUAGACAACGUCAAAGUCACGGACUCUGGCAAAUACUCUUUCACCGUAUCCAACGAAUUCGGCUCAGCCACCAGCACAGCGACCCUCACUGUCACUAAUAAUUUCGCUCCAGUGCCGGAGCCUACCGUGCAGGUGCUUUCGAGCAGUUCAGUGCUGCUGGAAUGGGAGGGAGUCGACUGUUCGCAGUUCGUCGUCGAAUAUUGCAAACUGGGCUCGGGGGAAUGGGUGAUGGUGAACGAUGGCAAGCCGGUGGUCAGUCAGCCCUUCACGGUCGACGACUUGUGCCCCGGAGAGACGUACAGCUUCAGAUCGGUGUCGUUGCAGAACAAUUUCAUCAGCUUGCCUAGUGUUACUGUGAGUUUGCCGGUAGCGGAGAAUUUGAGGUGGCAACAGGAGCAGUUCGAGAGGAGGUAUAUGGAGCUGAACGAAAUAGGCAGAGGCAAGUUCUCCAUUGUUCGUCUGGCAAGAGACAGGGGAACAGGUGUCGAAGUUGCAUUGAAACAAAUAUCCAGAAGGAAACAGUCGUUCAGCAUUACUCGAGCAGAGUAUUCCUUGCUUGGAGGUAUGCAGCAUAAAAAUGUGAUAAGGUCCUUAGCACUGUUCGAAAACGCACCGUCUCCUGGUAUCGAUACAAUCGUUCUAGAACUAGUGAAGGGACCACUAUUAUUUGACCAUAUAAGUGAUAAAGAAACAUACAAUGAAGGUGAAGUUAGAGAGUAUGUUCGUCAAAUGAUGUCAGCUUUGGAAUGGCUUCAUCAGAAUACUAUUGCACAUCUCGAUAUCAAGCCUGAAAACGUCCUGAUAGACCUUUCGUCGACCCCCCCGCACCUCAAACUAGUCGACUUCGGCGAAUCGGUCAGCACGACCUCGAAGUCCGUAAUCUUGCCGCCCGCCUGCCUGGAAUUCGCCUCUCCGGAGCUGGUGCUGGGCCAGCCCGUGGGCGAGCGCACCGAUUGCUGGGCGGCGGGGGUGUUCGUUUACGUGUUGUUGAGCGGAGUGUCGCCCUUUCUGGACGAUUCGUUGGAGGAGACUACGGCGAACAUCCUGAAGGGGGACUACAGUUUUCCCGAGGAGUAUUUCGGCGAGGUAUCAGAAGAAGUGAAGGAAUUGAUAAAAGGGCUGUUAGUUUUGGCGCCGUCCAGCAGGCGUGGAAUGACAGAGUGUCUGGCAUCUGCUUGGAUGAAAAAGGAGACACUGACUGCUGUAAUAUCAUCUUCACGUCUGAAAUCCUACAUGCAAAGACGACAUCCAAUUAAUGUUUCUAUAUCAAAUGAGCCACGGAAAAACUAACUUUUUAUCUUUCUAUGUUCUCUAAUUAUUAAACAUUUUGUUCAUGCUCAUGAUGACCAUGACAAAAGUUUAUGCUGUUUCAGUGUUUUAUAUAUUUAUUAAUGAAAUGUCUGUAUUCAUCUGUGAGUAACUUUUAGAUAUAUUGGGACAAUAAACUUUUUAAAUAUUUCUAUUUUUAAUAUGUUAGAUUCUGUAGUUAUAUUUUUAAACUGAUGUUUUGCAUAUUUUUAGACUGUUUGACUGUUGAACUUGUGAAUAUAUUUAUAUAGUGAUUUUAUUAUGAAAAUUAAAAUGUAUUACUUACUGA